UUCCUCGAGGCCAAGAUGGCGGCGUCGCUGGGUGGAAGCCUGAUGGAAAUUUGCGCGUUUGAGCGGGAAGCCGUCCAAAGGUUCCGAGAGGUCCAAAUCAACCUUGCUUCGGCGGCCGCUCCGGGAGCUGUGAAAUUUGCCGACUCUGCCGGAGCGUUCCACUACGACGGCGGCGGGAACGUGCACUCUGUCGCCAGCAGCAGAUUCAUCACAUGGACCGCGUCUGGCGACGCGGUGGAGCUGGUGGAGCGUUGGUUGGACGGCAACUUGCUGAACAACGCCGUCCGGCUGCGCUUCGCUAACUGCCGCGUGGUGCCGGGGGGCGUCGCCGUCGCCGAGACCCCCGACGACAUCGUCGUCCUCGUCGCCACCGAUCGGAGCGUUCAUAGGGUGCCGCUGCCGCACCCGAAACGCAUGUAUCGCAGCGAUGUGGCGACGGAGCUCCACAUGCAGUCGGUGUUGACAGACGUGGCCAAUCUGAACCUGGAGGACGCGUGUCACGCCGCCGCCAUCCCCGCCGCGUACAUCCCCGCCGGCGGUGCGGCGGGUACCGCCGCCGCAUGGCUGACCCCGCAAGGGGACGCGCACUACGCCUUGGCGUCGCCCACGGGGGGCGUGGUGGUCAUCACGCUAUCCGCAAACGCACUGCAAGGGGCCGUGUGCGUGUCGGAGCUGAAGAGGAGUUCCGUGAUGCGGCGUUUGUCCGGGUGGAUCCCGAGCGCCAUGCGCGGCGACCGUAGCGCCUCGGACUGCGUGGCGAGCGUGGCGGGGCGGGCGCUGGACGACGACUCGCUGGUGGUGGCCGUGUGUCACGACCAUAAACUGCGCGUGUGGUCCCUCAAGGAUGAGGCGUGCGUGCUGGAGGCGGACAUGUUGGACUAUGUGCCGCUGUCGGCGGGCGUGAAGCGCGGGGGGGCGGCGGGCGCGGGCCACCGCGUGCGCCUGACCUCUUGCGCCGCCUCCGGCCUGCGCCUGGCCGUGUACGUGGCGACGCCCCGCGGAGGCCAGUUCGUGGUACUGCAGCUGCUGGCCGCCGACGGCGAGCGCUUCGGCCUGGAGCGUGUCUCGUCGCUCUUCUCCGCUCAGGAGAAUCUGGUGGACUUCGCGCUGACCUCCGCUGACCUUUGGGCGCUUUGGUUGGACGACUCCAACGACAGCGUUGUCAAAUACGUCAACUUUGAACAGAACGAAUCGGGCCAGUGGAAUGAGGUUUUUGUUCAGCCUCCUCCCGAAGAGGAAGUCGACAUCGGCGAGGACCGCGACCCGCGCGAGACCUACUUGGACGCCAUCUUCUCUCCGCUUCGCUUCACGCCGGCGGCCGUCGUCAAAGCUGUACAGAUCUUCCGGCGAGGCCCGUGUGUCCUCCCUGACGUGUCCUGGGAGGGACUGAAGAAGGAAGUCACGCUGGCCGUCCAGAACGAGCUCCAGAGCAGCGUGACCGAGUUUGAGUUUUCCCAGGAGGAAUAUCGCCACCUUCAGGUGGAGUUCUGGUCCAAGUUGUACGCGUGCUGUCUUCAGUACCAGGAGGUUCUGUCCACACCGCUGGCCAUCAGCGUCAGUCCUCACAGUCACAUGGCGUGCCUGCUCAAGAAGGGUUUCGUUUCCUUCCUGCUGCCUUGUUUCGCCGUGGACCAUCUCUACCUGACCUCUGACGACUACUUCCUGUGUGGAGACGACACGCUGCUCGCCGAAGAAUCGUCAGUGAGUGCGGACGUGGCGACGCUGUUGUCGUGUUUGCGUCUGCUGAGGGACGCCGUGUCCUUCGAGAUGGCGGACCACAUGGAGAAAGCCCUCCGACACGCCGAGUCGCCGGAGACCGGCGCCGACGUCAUCUUGGACAAAAUGUUGGCGCACGACAAUCAAAAUCUGAUGGAGGACAUUGAGUGCAAACUGCAGGACAUUCGCAACCUGUCGGCAGCCGUGUCGGUUCUGCUGAGGGAGGUGGACCUGGAGACGGACUCGGAGUUUGGAGAAGGUCCCAUCUUACCGGGUGCGAGUAUGAGUGUGCGUGUGAGCGUGUGCCAGUUGUACUCCAGCGCCACUGCCGUGUCGCUGGUGUGUCAAGCUCUGAGUCACAUGAGCACCACGCGGAUGCUCCUCUGCAGGGACAUGCUCCUCCUCCUCAAGAUCUGCCUGCGCCAUGAACAACCCGUGUUGCCAGGCGGAGGGUCUCAGCUGCUUCAGAUCCAACAGGAAGCCAUUGUGCGCACGUCUCAGCUGUUGUCGUCGUACUUCCUGCUCAAGCACGUCAGUCAGAGCAUCACCGUGACCGUCGCCGACGACGCCAUAGACGCCAAUCUGCAGCACCUCAACGCCUUGCACCUGAAUGACACCCACGCACUCACAAACUACAACACAGCGGUGAGCUGCCAGUCAGCGGUGGAGAUGUUCUACCAGAGUUGCGGCCGCAAACUGAUCAUCCGCCACCUGUUCUCCCAAAGCGCGGCAGCAGGCGGCGGCGCCCUCGUCAACUGGAGCGACAUGAUGGCCAACGUCGUCCAGCUGCUCGCUCAGCUGCUCUGGCCCAGCAACCCGACGUUCCACUUCCCAGAAUGCCUCAUGGCCAACUGUCAGUACACGCAGUUGCAGGACUACGUGCGUCUGAUUGGACCGUGGUGUCAGGUGAACGUUGGCUCCUGCCGUUUCAUGUUAGCUCAAUGCUACCUAGCCAACGGCGAGGGUCACAAGGCCUUGCAGUGUUUCCAGGAAGCCAUCACCGAGGUGGAGAAGGAAGACUUUCUCAUGAGAUUGACGGGCGGCGGUGACAACCAAGCCGCUGAAGCCGCGUGCUCGCCCGCGCUGCAUUACUACAACAAGGUGCUGCGUCUGCUGGAGGAUGUCUGUCUACCGGAACUUGUAAUCCAGUUAGCGACGUUAGCGUUAGUGGAGGCUGUCAAUGAUCUCAGCAGUCAGGCGGCCUUGUGGACCAGAAUCUUCAAGCAUCAUCUGGACCUCGGGCACAACACUGAAGCUUACCAGGCUUUGAUCCAGAACCCAGACUCCAGCAUGCAGUUGGACUGUCUUCGGCAGCUGGUCGUGGUUCUGUGCGAACGAGCUCAGCUUCACGACCUGGUCCGCUUUCCUUACGUCAACCUGCACGACGAGGUGGUCGCAAUCAUCGAAUCGCGGGCGAGAGGCGUGGACCUUCUCACGCACAACUACUACGAACUCCUUUACACCUUUCACAUCUGCAGACACAACUACAGGAAAGCGGGCACGGUGAUGUUGGAGCUGGCUCUGCGUUUGAGUCGUGAGGUGGGUUCCGUACGCAGCUUGAAGAAGCAGGUCAACUGCUUCCUAGCCGCCAUCAACUGUAUGCGCCUCAUCAGACCCGAGUACGCGUGGAUGGUUCUACCCGUUCCAGAGUCCGAGCGUCCGGGAACGUCUCCCAAACGAAAUUCGGACGGAGAGUUUGUGCCCCCCCCAGUGAAGCGUCAGGUGGAAAUUUUGGAGCUGGGCGACCUGGAGAAAGAAUUCACGAUGGCCGAGUGUCGACUGGCGCUGGCGCGACAUCGGCCGCGGGCCGCCGCCGCCGCCGUCGCAGGCGCCGCGGACCCGCGUGAGCUGCUGCGCCUCCUGCUGGACGCCGCCCUCUUCACGUGCGCCCGGCGGCUCUGCGACGUCUUCGAGCUGCCGCCGGGAUCCCUGUUCGAUGCCCUGACCUUCAGGUGCAUCAAGCUCCAGUUCGGUGGAGAGGAGGCUCAAAACGAGGCGUGGCUGUGGUUGGCGGCCAAUCAGCUGCCGUCCGUGGUCAACACCAAAGAGUCCAGCGCGGCGGACGAGGCCUGGCGUCUCCUGUCCUGGUUCCUUUCGGAGUUCCCGGCGUCCGGCGCCCUUCACCACCGCCGAGUUCUGGUCCAGCUGCUGUCGCACGGAGUGCCGCCGCCCGAUUGGCUGCUCAAGUCCUACAAAGAAGUGGACCCGCCAGCUUUGCUGCGGCUCUAUUUGAACUUUGACCUGCUGGACGCCGCGGCCGAGCUGGUGAUGGAGUACGUGGAUGCGCUUCUGGGACGCGGACACCAACACUUUGGCAUCAAGGCGCCUCUGUCGGCGUGUGGUCCGAGUGUGUGGCUCCCGUACACGCCCAUCGAUCAGCUGAUGGCAGCGCUCAAGAACACGCAGACCAACCAAGCCCUUUACGACAAACUGGGUGACAAACUGGCCGCCUAUCACAAGAUGGUGGCGCAGGCCACCAAGAUCCGACUCGCCAAUCGUUAAGUUUGUCCCGGAAAAGUUUCAAAUGGGAGAGUGGCGCCCCCUGGUGGCUGGAAUCCAGCACAGCUUCCUCCACAACACUGAUGCUGUGACUGUGCAUGACUUCCUGCAGCAUGUUGAAGAUUUCCUCAGCACGCACGCACUUGAACGCAAAGAUGCCUGUGUCUCACACACACACACACACGCACACACAAUCAUUAUCAGCGCUUGAGACUGCGACCAUUGGUUGCGUAUGCAACCUUUUCUCCAGCUUGUGCGAUGAAAAAUUUCCUCUGUCGGAUUUGCGCGCGUGCAUGUUUUGUUUUUUCCCCCCACUGCAAUCUCCUCCUCCUGCAUGAGAGCGAGAGGCGCGCAGUGGCGCCAUCUCAAUCGUUAUGAUCCCAUCGGCUGCCUGCUGCAAUAUACAGUAAUUGAUUCUUUCAGUUAGGGAUGCACUAUUAUCAACAGCACCGUCACGUACAUGCGCACCACAUAUGCGUGCUACAAUGUACGCCGUUGUCCGGCCAGUGACCACCACGCACCCAUCCUGACGCUGGCCCGCAACUUAUUCAUUUUGAAUGACAAGUGUGAGCCUUCAAGUCAUCUGGACUGCUGGUGAGCAAGCUAGCUAGCCCCCACCUACCUCGUGAAGUCCCGUAAAGUGGUAAACUCCUCCUUCUGCAAGUCACCCACAGCUAUUCUUUUUACACACAGCAUUAUCAAUGCUGCUACAUUUGUCACGGGAAUAAAACGAAAAGUUGUUUCCCUGAGUGACAUCACGUAUGAGCGUCUCAAAAUGACAUGGGCGUGUGUGUUUGUGUGCAUGUGGGGGGAGGGGGUGCAAAGUUAAACAGCCCAGACUCCUUUAAAGAGGAUUGUAUAGGAAAACAAACAAUUAUGAAAAUAAAGUGCAAUAACUACAGUAGUAAUGAUUAAUCCAGGUUCUGUUUGGGACUACGCUUUUAAAUAGGUAAAUUGGUUUGUUCUGCUGGUAAAUAAUUAGCAAAAUAGAGUGAAUAAUCAUAAAUGAUACGGUUGUGGUAAUGCUCAAAAUGAAGUGGUAACUUUUUUAAUUGAAAAAGUUGGUCGCACCAGAGAUAUGAGUGCAAAGGUUAGUGUUGACCCCUGAUUAUGAUCCCAAAUCUAUUUUGAUUGGUUCAUUUUCAUGUCCACAUCGACAAGCUCCUCACACACACUUUUCUACAUGUCCCAACAACACAAAUGCAAAGAAAGUACCGCAAUUUCUCGUAUAUGAUGCGCACCCAUGUAUAGUACGCACCCCCACAGUUGACCUCAAAAUUCUGGAAAACCCUUCUACCCAUGUAUAAUGCAUUUUUACAAUGCAUGAUUUUGCUUCUACCCAUAUGAUCAAAACGAAGUUGUAAAAAAAAAACCUUCAAAUAAUUAUUCUGAAGUUAAGCACUUUAUUUAAGCAGGCAAUACUCUUAUUAUUUACUUGCUCUUAUUUAGAAAUUCACAGCCCUUUUAUUUAGUAAAUGAGAAAACACAACUGUGCUCAUAUGUUUGAUUACCCAGGCAGAAUUUGUAAGAUGGGUACAAUUCUUUCAAGGAAACAUGAAGGACCAGGCGAAACACAUUUUAUUUUAAUGGGAUUCAAAUUAAACUGUCAAGCAUUUCAGAAAAGCAUUUCCAUUAAACAAAACAUAACCAUAAAUUAAUGAUGGUUGUUGUUCAGUCAUCAGUCAUAUUAAAAAAUAUAUAUAUAUUUCACAAAUUCUGCCUGUGUAUGUAAACUUAUAUGAGUACACUGUACAUAUAUGCAGUCGUAUGUACCCAUAGUAUUGGAAUGAAAGUGUAGGCUUCACCGUUUUCAUAACCUCUAGGUGGCGGUGGCAUACUAGAAUGAAUGUGUGCAGCUUUUUCAUAACCUCUAGAUGGCGGCAUAAAUUUAUAAAAUGUAAAAGUUUUUUUCCAUUUGGCCCUAUACAUAUGCAUAAUGCGCACUAUUGACUUUUGACAAUUUUUUGAAAAUAUGGCAUUAUAGACGAGAAAUUACGGUACACACAUUCAAACAGUCCGUGCUUCUGUGACGGAAAUGAUUCAAUUUGACUUGAUUGCUGUGAAAAUGUUGAUUUAUUGAGUACGGCGCGUGUCUGUUCUCCUCUCUGCACCUGCGACGUAUCGUGAUCGGGCUAACAAGGAGAGGAUGGAGAGCAGACAAUUUUUUUUUUUUUUUUCUUUUGUUCCGGCCACCGCUCUGCGAGCGAUAUGAGUGAAAGCGAGCAAACGUUUGCGUGGCCGAGGCCAUAAAUUGCUUGAUCUCACACACUUUGCGAUUUUUUAAUCCAUUCAUUUAUUGU